GCAGGCACAAAAUACAGGGAGAUACAUACGGCUCUCUGAGCUAGGGUUCAAAUCUACAGUAAGUCAUAUUCGUAAUGCUUACAUCUAAAAGCCAUGGACUCAAGGCGGCAGAUAGCGUGUAUAAGGGGAAAGAUAAAAUAGAAUGUCCAAGACCAUCAAAUGCGAGGUUAGCGAGAUUCAGUUAUGGACGGCAUGACAUCGCAGCCGUUGUCUAUGUGUCGUUUGAGCGAGUCUGUGCGACUAAACUCGCGGGCGCAGUGACGGCAGCGGUGGGUAGGGGGAUUAGCUGCAUGGAUGGUGUCGAAAUGUCUCUUUUUAUCAUGAAGCCGAGUGAAAGUCCUGUCACACUGGCUGCAUGGGAAACGUUCCCCUCCAGCCGCACUCCCAGCCGAAGAGGAAGGACUGUGUACUGGUCUGCCAGUAUUGGCCUGCGAGUGGUACGAUGUAGGUCCCGGGUGACCAGCUUGGGGAUGAUGCAAAUGAGCAGGAGGGGGGUACGGUUCAGUACCAGUUCGCGCGCGACGAGUAGUUGUCGAGCUGGUUUCUUGGUAGGUCUGCGAUGGCGUGGGUAUGAACUGCGAAGAUUGGACAGGAGGAUGAAUGCUAUGAG